AUGAGACCCGGAGAAAAGAUCCCUUACCCUCUCGCCGUCACCGAAGCUCCCAGACCCCACCUCGCCCCUGAUCUACAAGAGAGACACGUCCCUCUCCACCUCCUACCACCUCUAACCGGAGAAACUUCUCUCCCCAAUACCAGAGAGAUCGUCACACAUCUCACGCCAAAGAAGAGAAACCCAAUAGGCAGGAACCUAGAGCAAGAAUUCCCCUCUCUCCAGCUAAGGAACCAGACAGAGAAUGAGAUCCUACAAGACCUCCAAGAGGUGGAUAUCCGCUACCUGAACUGUGGCGAUCCGGCGGAGAAUGCAGCCCAGAGACAAAGGAUUUUAGAAAGUAAUGUCAAUGGUAUGAGGGAAGAAACGGUUGCUUUCCUUUACAACGCCCCGUCCAACCUCAUCCCGGCAGAAACCCCUCUCCAACCGAACCAACUGGCAAAUCCUCAGCUCCCUCGGGAGGCAGCGGCCAUUUCGCCAACAAGAGACGUCCCCUUGGAUGAGCCAGAAAGAGACCUAACUCUAGACCCACCACCAGCAAGAAAAAGAGGAAGACCGCCUUCCAAAAACCAAGCUACGUCCUCCCGUAAACAACCUGCAGAGGUCCCCGAGAAGUCCUCUUCCUUAGCGCUAUUGAGCUGGAACUGUUGUGGGUUUGGGAACCCCAUAACAGUUCACCGCCUGAGGGAGCUAAACAAAAAGCAUGCUCCAGAUAUUCUCUUCCUCAUGGAGACAAAGAACAAUGAGGAAUUCAUAAACAAGGAAGUACCUCUCCCGGAAUUUGGGUCCAAAUUCUUGGUACCGCCUCACAGCCCUGGUGGAGGUGGUUUAGCCCUAUUCUGGAAGCAAGAAGUAGAGCUCACCGUGCUAUCAUCCUGUGACAACUACAUUGAAACCACAGUAACCUACAAAGAAAAAAUUUUCAUCACAACCUUCGUCUAUGGUGAACCUGAUCACUCAAAGAGAAAAGGAAUCUGGGAAGAGCUUACAGCAAAAAACGUUCCGAGAGACCAACCUUGGUUCCUAACCGGAGAUUUUAACGACAUUCUAGACCACAGUGAAAAAACGGGGGGUCCGGUGAGAGCGGAAGGCACUUUUGGAGAUUUCAGGGCUUUCCUAUCCCAAGGGGAUUUGUUUGACAUCCCCUACGCGGGAAACCCUCUGUCGUGGCGAGGAGUUCGCUACACCCACCUUGUCCACUGCCGUUUGGACAGGUCCAUGUCUAAUGGUGCAUGGGCCGAUGUCUUUCCUUUUAGUAGAUGCCACUACUUGGAGUUCGAAGGAUCGGAUCAUAGACCGCUUCUAACCAUCCUAGAAUCACAGAUAAGGAAAAAAAGAGGAAUCUUUAGGUAUGACAGAAGCAUGAAGGAAAACCCAAAAAUUACUAAGAUUGUGGAGAAAGCAUGGCACCUGUCGAAUACAACUUCUGUGGAGCAGCGCAUUUCGCAGUGUAGAAAAGGAAUCUCGAAAUGGAACCGGGAACACCACCUAAAUGCACAGAAAGCCAUAAAAGAGGAGAAAGCAAAACUUGAAGAGGAGAUGAGCUCCAGUAUCCUAGACCAGGGAAAGAUUGAAGAAAUCAAUGAAAACCUGAAGAUUGCCUACCGAAAGGAGGAGGAUUAUUGGAGACAACGCAGUAGAACUCAAUGGCUUGCUCUAGGGGAUAAGAACUCCGGCUACUUCCACGCUGUUACGAGAGGCAGGAGAGCUGUCAACAAAUUGGCAGUAAUUGAAGACUCUAAUGGAAUAGCUGUGUUUGAAGAAGAGAAAAUAGUUCAAGUCAUUAGUGCUUACUUUCAGGAUAUCUUCAUUACACGGUCUUCAAAUUGUGUGGAAACAGUCAACAAAGCCCUCGAACCAUGCAUCACUGAUGCAAUGAAUGCGGCUUUGACAGCCCAACCAUCGCCUUCAGAGAUCAAAGAAGCCCUCUUUUCCAUCAGCCCUGACAAAGCUCCUGGCCCAGAUGGUUUCUCCGCCUGUUUUUUUCAGUCAAACUGGUCAAUCAUGGAGGCACAAAUAGUAAAGGAAGUGUCAGAUAUUCUCUCAUCAGGCAUCCUACCAAGCUCUAUCAAUGUAACCCAUGUAAGGCUUAUACCCAAAACCCCCAGCCCUAAAACCGUGGCUGAAUACCGACCUAUUGCCCUUUUGCAAUGCAGGGCAAUCUCAGACAAUGUCUUAAUUACUCAUGAAAUGUUGCAUUACCUGAAGUCCUCGGGAGCAACAAAGCACUGUUCUAUGGUCGUCAAAACUGACAUGAGUAAGGCGUAUGACCGCCUGGAGUGGAGCUUUAUAGUGGCGGUGAUGGAAAGAAUGGGUUUUCACCCUCGGUGGAUCAACUGGCUCUUUCAAUGCAUCUUUCCUCAUAAAUGGUACGGCACAAGGGCAAGCAAUACCGCAGCGAGGUAUUAG